GUGUGGCUUGCUUCAGGAUGAUGGCUGGAGGGAGAGGGCCGCUUCUUGCUUUGCUCUUUCUGCUGCAUUUCCUACUCCCUGAAGCCUUCAAGAUCCUGAUUCUCUCCUUCAUCGGAGGAAGCCAUUAUCUUAUGAUGGAUGAAAUUUCACAAGUCCUUCAUAAUAGAGGUCAUGAAGUCAGAAUGUUACUACAGACAGGUGUUCUGAUGAUCCCAGGGCGAAAAUAUGAGCAGCCCGAUACCUACCAAAUUACAGCUUGGUCUGCUAGCCAGGACUACCUCAAGGAAUAUGAGAAGUGGUUUGCUGACUACACGGAGGAUUUUCUGAAGGGCAGAGAGGACCUCAGCCGUUACUUGGAUUUUAUGAACCACUUGGCCUACCAGUGCCACGUCGUACUAAAUGAAUCAGAGAUCCUGAAUUCCUUGAAGGAUGAAAAGUUUGACAUAACAGUAAUGGAUGGUUUUAAUCCCUGCUCCUUCUUGGUUGCAGAGAAACUAGGCCUGCCUUUUGUUGCGGUGUUUCCUGGAACUUUUGCUAAUGGACCACAGGUUGGGAUUCCUAGCCUCCUGUCCUAUGUCCCAGUAUUUUAUUCCAACCUAGCUGACCACAUGGACUUCUGGGGCCGCGUGAAGAACUGUCUAAUGUCUCUUGUUUUAGCCAUAGUACAAUAUCAAGUCCAAACCAAAUUUGAAAAUGUCAUCAAGGAGCAUUUCCCAGCUGGGUCCAGACCUGUUUUAUCUGAGCUCUACUUAAAAGCAGAACUAUGGACUUAUAACACUGACUUCUCCUUUGAAUUUGCACAUCCGCUUCUUCCAAAUACAUUAUUAAUUCUUCAAGGACAUCCUAUGGCUCGUCUGCUUGUUACCCACGGGGGGCUGAACAGUUUGAUGGAAUCUAUCUAUCAUGGGGUCCCUGUUGUGGGAAUACCCCUUUUUGGGGACCAGCAUGACAACAUGGUCCGAGUGGAGGCCAAAAAUAUGGGCAUUACUCUCCGAAUAGACCAACUGAAAGCUGACAAAUUCACUCGCACAAUGAAGCAAGUUAUAGAAGACAAAAGGUAUAAAUCUGCAGUAAUGUCUCUGAGCACAAUUCAUCACUCCCACCCGCUCCCGCCAGAUCAACGCCUGGGACGAUGGAUAGAGCAUGUCCUCCAGGCAAGGGGAGGAGCUCACCUCCAGCCUUAUGCCUUUCAGCAGUCCUGGUAUCAGCAGUACUUACUGGAUGUUUUGUUGUUCCUGUCAGGGUCUGUCCUGGGGAUCAUCUACCUUUGUGUUAAGCUCGUAAGAACUGCGGUCUUUAGGAUCCGCAGUGCAGGGAAACAGAAACAAACAUAAUUUAAAACAUUGCAUAUUUGGUUAACACCAUCAUUUUAAAAAUGAGAAGCAGCUGUUAGUAGACAUGACUCACUUGCUUGAGGGAAAUGAUACAUUUCCUGGAUAAUCCAAGCACUCUGUAUGACCUAACUUUA